UAAAGAGCCUAGCUAGUUAGCUUGCGGCGGAGGGAACGUCAAUAGCCAUUUUCCUGCACGUCUUACCGGAGAGAACACCGCUCGUAGCUGGCUUUUAGUUGCAUCUGCUGACAGACAGGGUCACAUUCUCGCAUUUUAACCGGUUAUGUUUCGGGUUUUGCUCUUCUCCUCGCUUUAGUUAGCCGCGUUAGCCUAACGGGCGUCGUAUCUCAAGGUCGUCAAAAUGUCAAGACCACGUUCCCGAUCUCCGAAUUACAGGAGGUUCCCGUGGGAGGAGCCUGGUUUUGAUGCUCAGAGACUCCUUUCAGAGCUUGAUGGAAUCCCGAUGGACAGGAGCCACCACUUCAGAGAAGGUCCAGAAGAACCGAGGGACUACUUCUGGAAGGAGAUGUACCCAGAAGGCCAGAGAAGAUCCCCUUUUUUCCCAGAUGACCAUCAGUUCGGACGUCGUCUGGACCAGGAGGAGUUCUACCAGCGGAGGCCAUCACCCCAUCACGGCUCGAUGCGCUACGAAGACCGGAGGCUUCCCCUACCACAUGAUGGAGGCAACGAUGGACGCCGAGGAGGGUUUAGAGAACACCCGCAGAGUUUUGAAGCCAGGACGAGGUCGCCCCAGUCGCCUCCGAGGUUGAAGAGGGAAAGGUUGACGCCGACGCCUCAGUCAGCCCAGAGGGAGGCGGUGAAGGGCUGGAGGAGGGAGGAACCGGGCCGAGGCCGAGGGAGGCCCAGAGACGUCAGUCCUGGUACCAGACCAGAUGACCAGAGAGCUGCAGCAGACAGGGAGAGAGGAAAGAGGAUCAUGCAAGGUUCUAAUAGAGGCAGACAAAGGGAGAACCCACAUCACGAGAGGAGCCUCGCUUUUAAAAGGCAAAGGAGAGAAAUGGAUGACGCCGAUCAAUUUGGGUACAGGGAGGAGUUUGGGGAACAGGGUUACUCAGUGGACUCACCGGCAGAGGGUUUUGGAGGAGACUCUCGGGGGAAACUUCCCCUCGGAGACAUUCGGCGCUCGAGGCCCGUCGUCAUCGAACACGGUCACGGCAUGACCGGCAGCAGAGAAGUGCCUCGAUGGGAACAGUUUGACAAUCGCAGGGAUCGUGAGCCCGACUUUGAUCGGCAGAGGAGUCCUCGUCCAAUGAGCUCCUCUCAGGAGCGUUUCAGGAUGUCCGACAGCAGGUUGGAUGGUCAAGAAGACACAAGAGAACGGCAUUUUCAAGAUAACCCAAGAGACUCCAACUAUUCUGAAGCUAGGAGGAGCCCAGUACAGGACAGACCAAACACCAUGAGAUUUGAUAACAGAGCUGGUACCAUGAACCAAAUGGGGAGAGGCAGUGAUCGUCCACUGAAAAGGAACUACAACCAGACUCAAGGUGGAAGGAUUGGACAGCCCAGGAGUCAACCACGCCUACAGAAGGGUUACCAAGAGCAUCCUCACGAAGACCAGAGACCAGGUUUCCGACCCUUCAGGGAAGAUUAUGAGGACCACAUCGAAGUGGAGCCUAACUGGGCAGAAGAAGACAAACCCCAACAGUGGAACAGGCCUGGAAGUCUGGACCGAGACCUGAACCGAGACCUGGACCCUAAGAUGCCCCGUCAGAGGCAGCAAGGAUGGAUCAAUCAGAAAACCGACAACGCGACCGUUGUGACGGAGGAAACACUCACAAUCAAAGUGGACAUGAGUCGACCCGUAAACCAAAACAGCUCGCUGUGUUACUCCUCAGACCGGCAGCUCUCUUUAGACCUGGUCAACGUCGGCCGCCAGCGUCUGGACUUCCUGCCCAUGCUGGAGCACUCUGGGACGUACCGGGAGACCGCAAUGCACACUGGGACGUUUGCCCAGGAGAUCAUCACGCUGGUGCACCUCGUCAAAGAUCAGUAUUUCAGAGACGACGGCGUCACCCUGAACGAACGCUUCUCAGCGCCACAGAAAGGCGGUUUUCCAGAGGAGGAGGAGGAGGUGGAGGAGUUGACGCUGGACCAGAGGUUCAGUUCAAACCGAGGCUUCAGUUUAGACAUGAGCUCACUGCUUCAUGACGACGAGCCUCUGUUCUCCAGACUGGGACCCAUGCAGGGUUUGAGCCAGCAGCCGAUCCGAGGCCCCGGCGACCUGCGACACGACCUGGAGAGGAGGCGGCAGGAGAAGCUGGAGGGGGUGAAAGUCACAAUACCAGGAAGCAGCAUGUCACAGCGCCCCCUAGGUCCCGUCAGUGAGCUGGACUUGGACUAUAGUGAGCAGAUGGACCAUGAAGGAUUUUCCAGCUGGGCAGACGAACAGAACCGGAGACGAGACGGCAACAUGGGACCAAGGAGGGGACCUUCAGACAGACUGAACACAGGACCCCAACGCAGGAACAAUCGCUUCAAUAACCGCCGACAGAACAUCCACAGCAGCCCCACAGGUCCCAACUGGUGACCCGACACCGGAUCGUUUCUCUGUGUGGACGUUGGCGACCGAUAAACGAAACAGAAAUCAUGUUCUGGUUCUUGAACUGUGAAGACGUUUCCACUCGGAGAACGGCUGGUGGUUUAAAUAAAUGUGAAACGCUGAAACCCGGAGCGCUGGUCUUUCACACUGUCGGUGUUUCAUCCUCGUUUUAAACAGAUUCAGAAUAUAUGUAAACACUGAUAAUGUUUGAACAUGAAUUUUUCCACAUCAACACGUCGUCCUGCACUUAGGUUUGGCUUCCUAACAGUUCAUUAUGUUGCUAAUAAACAUAAAUGUUAUAUAA